UAUUCCAAUAAGGCUCACAGAGUGGGGAUAAUAACUCUCUGAGAGAUCAAUGCGCUGACGUAGCUUGUUCUACAUGGCUUUGACUGGCUUUCCUCAUAUCCUUGUUAUGUUGAAUGAACGCGAGAAACAGCAGAUAUAAAAAAAUCACUUACAGCUUUUUGUUCAUGUAAACAAGGUUCUUGGAAUUAGGGAUAUUUGUAUGUGUGAUAACUGAAAAUGUGGACAGUCAAUUGGUUCUAACCACUGUGCCUUAUUAUUGAAGUUUUACUGGAUAUGUUCUGGUAAACCGUGAUAUCUAUGCCAGCGUAUGAUGCACAUUACGUCAGUAUAAUCAAAAUUAAUUGGAAUAAUAUGGAAUCAAUUUGUACAGGCUAUUUUUAUUCACAAACCACUUGUCAGAAUGGCAGAUAAAUAUAUAGAAGUUGAAGGCGAAAACCACCCAGAGAAGUACGAAACAGGAACUGAGGAUGGUCAUGACAGAACACUGUUUGAAGUCCGCGAUUUUGACCCCGAUGCCGUGACUCCUGAGCACGAACGUCAGGAAGGGACACGUGACAGCAAGCAGGUGCCCGUGGAGACACGAUGUGGCUAUUACUCGUGCAGGCCCGUCUUUCUACAGAGGCUAAACAAUCCACCCAUGCUGUGCUGCUGCCUCUGUGUUUACACCCUCGUGCAUGGGUUCGCCAUUAACGGCAUAAACAAUGUGAACACGACGUCUUACGAACGACGGUUUGACCUGACCAGCUCGUCCGUAGGCUGGAUCACGAGCAGUUACGACAUCUCCGCGGCUACAUGCGGUGUUGUUAUCGGUUUCUAUGGCAGCCGACGCCGUAAGGGCCGCAUCCUGACGCUGGCGUUCAUCCUGUCUUCGUUGGGGUCGACGUGCAUGUACCUCCCGCAUUUUAUUACGCCGAGUUAUGAGUGGGGUCAGGAAAAGGCUCACCUGUGCUCGGAGGAAGAAAGCAAGUCACCAUGUGUAGAGACGAACGACGCGCUGUCUAACUUCCUGGUGCUGUUCGUGUUGGGUCAGCUGCUGCACGGGAUCGGCGGCUCCACGCUCAUUACCGUCGGCUACUCCUUCAUCGACGACAGCGUACCUGCCGCCUCUUCCCCCAUGUAUAUAUCGAUUAUCGGCUUAUGUCAGAUGCUAGGACCGAUGAUAGGGUUUUUGGUCGGGGGAACCCUGCAGGACAUGUAUGUCGACUUCGACCGGAUACCAGAGUCAAAGUGGCGGUUGACGCCGGCAGACCCGCGAUGGGUUGGCGCCUGGUGGGUUGGCUUCGUCGUAUCGUCCAUACUGAUGCUCGUGUUUUCCCUAUCCUUCACUCUUUUUGGGGCGGAACUUCCGAGUACCAAACAUGUCCGAGAAACACGAAUAUCCGAGACCCACACUUCCGGUCGUACAUCUCCCCCGUAUCCCAAUCCGAGCCAACCUGACGACAUUUCCGUCCGUCAAUUUCCGGUGCUACUCUGUCGUCUGUUGCACAAUCCCGCUUUCGUCUGUGUGGCAUUCGGUGGCGCGUUCAUGGGUCUGGUGACUGUGUCUGUCGCCACGUUCCUGCCAAAAUAUAUUCAAAAUAUAUACGGAACAACGGCUUCUGCUGCUGCUACAUAUGCUGGCCUUAUAAUUAUCCCUGGAGCGGCGGCAGGUCAGAUGUUCGGCGGACUGGCGAUCCGACGCUGGAAGCUAAAAGUCCGCGGCAUUCUGCGACUCACUAUACUUAUCGUGUUACUCGCCUCUCUGUCCAAGGCGUGUUUCUUUAUCAACUGUGAUAUGCAGCUCUGGAAUACCACGGUGAAUGACAGCACGCCCAUUUCCACGGAGAGGCUGACGUCAUGUAACGCCGACUGUCACUGUGACGACAGUGUGUUCCAAGUCGUCUGCGAACCUGACGGCCGAAAAUUCUAUUCCCCGUGCCUUGCCGGAUGUCAGGCGGAGAUUGGAGAGCACGAGUUCUCAGACUGCAAGUGUGUGACGUCAGGGACAAAUGGAACUUCAUCAGUUUCUGUGUCCAGCGAGUACUGUGUGCCGACCACUUGUAACUCUCUCCUCUACAUCUUCCUGUUCAUCAUAUUCUUGUCGGCGUUCUUCGUGUCGGCAAGCACCGUCCCUGCUCUUACUGUAGUUCUCAGGUGCGCCGGAGAAAGUGAGCGCACGUUCGCAUUGGGGCUCCUGAAUUUCAUAGCACGCCUAGUUGGCACGAUACCUGGUCCGAUCCUGUACGGCACUGCCAUUGAUUCAACUUGCCAGGUAUGGGGCCGGAAGUGUGGUCACGAUACCUCGUGUUGGCAGUACAACAAGGCGCGCAUGGGGGAAUACCUGGCCGGCCUGGGCAUGGGCUUCACAGGGAUCGCUAUUUGUUUCUUCACGCUUGCCCUCAAACUGUAUAAGCCGCCGCCGCUGCCGCAUAAAAAGGAAGUUGCGGAAGACGGUGCGUCCGAGCGGUUAAGUGACACAGACAUGCCGAACGGAAUUUGCGGAGCCGCGCUCCCAACGGUCGAGUUUCCGGUGGAGGAGACCACGCGUUUAUAGAACAAUUAUUAUAUAUGUGUCUUCUCGAUGUUUUGUUUAAGAAGAUAUCACGAUAUGUGAUGGACACACACGCACGCACGCACGCACGCACGCACGCACGCACGCACGCACGCACGCACACACACACACACACACACACAUAUAUAUAUAUGUGUGUGUGCGUGCGCGUGCGUGUUUAUAUUUUGUGUGUGUGUGUGUGUGCGUUCGCGUGCGUGUGUUUUGUGUGUGUGUGUGUGCGUGCGUGCGUGUGUGUGUGGAUUUGGUAAAGUUUUAAGAUGUUAGUAAAAGAAAAGUGUUACUUCAUUAAAAUAACGGUUUCCCAAGUACAAGCUUUAUGAUCACCGCAAAAUAAACGGUUUUCGGGGCUGAGGUUUAUGGAGGCUAUUCGUUGCCAAAAGUCCAGACGUUUAAUUCCCACAAUGUGCUUCUUAAUCGUACUAAAUAUCUCUUACAUUUGUCAAUGUAGACGUGCUAUUUGUUGUUUCUAUUCGUCAGUUUUUUCCGUAUUGAUUUGUCAUUUGUCAUUAUAGUAGUCAAAAUGUAUAUUUGUCAGAUCGACCCUGUAUAAACUCACUAAAACAUA